AGCGAAUUCAUUACGAAAUCGUUCUUAGAAACACAGAGAUUUAUUAUUGAAUCCACUGUUAGAGAGGCAAAAUUUGUACCGGUCAUUGGGACAAGCACAACCAAUCUACAUGUUAUCGAGGUUGAUAUCGUGCCUUGUUUAGCGACUUUAAAAACGGAGACCAUCAGGACAAAACUUUCAUGGUUGCCUCUACACUCUAAAAAACGCAAAGGAAAAGAUGGUGUAUUUGGAUUCUCAGAAACAGGCCUUCCAAAAGUUUUGAAUCCCGAAGAAAUGAAUCACUUUGAGAAUAACAAGCAAACAAUCAAUCAACAAAGAAAACAAGAAGAGGGUACCAAGAAAAGAAACGAUCAGCCAAACUUAAGAAGGCGGAUCCUAAAUUUGUUGACAGGAGGGGAAGAAAUUAUGCAAGACCAGGUGUAUCCUUUCUUUUUGACAAGUACAAUAGAUCAUCAUUCUAUGGACAUGCCAUAUCUGUUGGCGAACACGCAAUUUGUAAAACAACUGCAACCUGAAAUUGUGUUUGAUUUUGAUCCUACGGGGUCAACAAAUGGUAUCUAUAAAAGUCUUGACAGUGAGCAGGAAGUUGAAAUGAGAGUAGUGACAUCGGAUUCAUUUGACAAGGCAC